AUGGAAGUGAAUGCCGCAGCCUCAGAGAGUGCUGCAGCUGCUACGCCGGCUGAUUUGCAAUCACAAGGUAGUCAGGCCGGCAGCAGCCGGCAGCCCCAGGAAGAGAACAAACAGCAGGAACUGGGCGGCAAGGACAGGGAGGCCUCCUCUGAAGGAGCCUCAUCUUCUGGCAGGGAGUACUGGCAGGAGCUCCUGAGCGUGCCGGAGACGGACGGGGGUGUGUUGGGGGCGCGUGCUAGGAGCGCAUCGGACGCGUCGGUGCUGCGUCGGAAGGGCCACUUGAAGGAGCAGGAUCUGCUGAUCGAGUUCCUGCUGUCCAUGCACCACACGCACACCUCCCUGGAAGCCAUGCAGAAGCUGGAGCGCUGGAUCAACGAGCACCGCCAGGCAAGCGCUCACCUCACCGCUGACUCACCCAUUAGCUUGUUGCCCACCUGGAGCUGA